CAGGCCAAAGAGUUCAAUCUUGGUUUCAUCAGAGUAAUACAGAUUACAGAUUACUGAAAAAUAAAUGGGGAGAAGAAAAAGAGAGAACAACUGGGGAGGCAUGAGAGGGAGAGGGAGAGGGUGAGGGUAGAUGUAGCGUGUAUCACAGUCACAAAGGCUUAACAGAGCGCCUGGCAUCACGCAGGAGAACCAUCGGGUGAUUACAAUCAGAAUCCAGUCAGCACUGUCGUCUCUCUGUGUGUCUGUGUAUGUCCAGUGGAAUCACACACACACCAGCCCUGUGAGUGCACAGCAAGUGGAGGAGCUCUCUUCUCUUCAGGGUGAUGGGAGUCAGUAACAGAAAGAAACCCACUUUAGCACUAAAGGACUAACAGACUAAACCAACAGACAGAGGAACAGACCAAACCAACAGACAGAGGAACAGACCAAACCAACAGACAGAGGAACAGACCAAACCAACAGACAGAGGAAUAGAAAAAAACUACAGACAGAAGAACAGAAAAACCUUGAACCACAGACUAACGGAGGAACAGACUAAGAAGAACAGACCAAACCAACAGACAGAGGAACAGAGGAACAGACCAAACCAACAAACAGAGGAACAGAAAAACCCUGAACCACAGACUAACGAAGGAACAGACUCACAGAUGAACAGACCAAACCAACAGACAGAGGAACAGAGGAACAGACCAAACCAACAGACAGAGGAACAGAAAAACCCUGAACCACAGACUAACGAAGGAACAGACUCACAGAUGAACAGACCAAACCAACAGACAGAGGAACAGAAAAACCCUGAACCACAGACUAAUGAAGGAACAGACUCACAGAUGAACAGACCAAACCAACAGACAGAGGAACAGACCAAACCAACAGACAGAGGAACAGAAAAAAACUACAGACAGAGGAACAGAAAAACCCUGAACCACAGACUAACGGAGGAACAGACUCACAGAUGAACAGACCAAACCAACAGACAGAGGAACAGAUGAACCCCAGACCAUGUCACACCUGCAACAGAUCUGAACAGAGAGGAUUUCUGCUUGGAUUAACACUGCUACACACACACUCUCACACACACACACACUCCGCGUCUGACGGAGUCUCUGCUGCUGAGUGACUGUGUGCACCGGGGUGUGAAGUGAGGUCUGUGUGUCGGAAGACGGUGGUAUGACGCGCGGGAAGAGCUGGCCGUGGAGUUGGUCGUUAAUGCUGUCUCUCCUCCUCUCUCUGUUUGCUCACGGAGAACUCUCAUUGGCCACCGCCAGCAGGACUGAAGUCAAGCACAGCCAAUCCUCUUUCUCUGCUGCAGAGAGGGCGGUGCUUAGCGGUGAUGACUCAGCAGAGCUGAUUGGCUUAGGGUUAGGACUUGGGGCUGGACUUCCUCUCAGCGUCACCAAGCGUGACCACUCUCACAGAAGACACUCCCACCUGGACUUUGCUGAAGAGGACAUUCAGCCAAUCAGAGAAGAGCUAACUGGCGGGGAAUCUCCGGAACGCUCAGAUGACAUCAUCAAAGUAGAGUUCCAUAACACCGACCGUCCCCUGCCCCCUGACCGCUUGUCUGAUUCUUUUUGGCUGAUGGCUGUAGCUCAGCCCCUGCAGCAGCGGGCGGGAGACCCCACGGCCUGGACCCUCUCAGACUUCUAUGACUACAUGUCCCCCGACGACAACAUUUCUGCCAUAGAAAUGACCCUUGACCCUGAGCCAACCCUGAACCCUCCAGCAGACAUUGAGGAUGAAAACCCAUCGCUCACUGGCACCACUGUUACCCCCGGCAAUGACGACCCCCAGCCCCCAUCUCAGUCUCAACCCCCCCCACCUCCUUCCCCUUCUCAGGGGUCAGAUGGGUGUGGUCUGGGCUUUGUGAGGUCAGAGGUCGGAGGUGAGUGUGUGUCUCAGUGUGAUGCACAGCCUGACUUCUGCUACAACAGAGGAGUGUGUGCCAUCGAUACGGGGAUAGGAGCAUUCUGCAGGUGUAAUGCUCAGGACUAUAUGUGGAAUAAGGGCUCUCGUUGUGAUUGGGUGGUGACAGUCUUCCAGGUGCUGUGUGUGGUAGUGGGCGUGGCCUCUCUGACCCUCAUCCUACUCAUCAUCAUCAUUGUCUUCUUCGCCAAGCGACUCCACCGCUUCAGGAUUGAGAACAGGCGACUCCGCAAACGCAGUCUAUACCGUCCACAAAGCGAGAUGCAGACGGAUGGCUUCUCUGUUUCCAUGGCGCCAGACAGUUCCCAUGCCAACGGCGGAGUCACCAUCGGUCUGCAGUUGCUCCUCCCUAAAGAGGCUAAGCUCCGCCCUGAGGCCAGCCCCCCUCUGCACUACAACGUCUUCCUCUACAAGAAGGGGACCGGUCCCUCUACUACUAUUAAUACUACUGCCACUAACUACACCAACCACAAAAUGGCUGCUGCUAGGAACCACUCUAACCGUAACAUACUGCCCACUAGCAACUCCAAUAAGUCUAACCCUAACAUUAACCAUAACACCAAUAAACACUCACAGCUCUCCCAGAAUCACGUUCCUCCUCAUCGUCACCCUCACACUUCCCCCUCCUCCCAUCACAGCUCCCCCUGUUUUACCCCUCCUCAGAGAACACUUGCCUCCUCCCAUCAUGCCUCCCCCCAUCACCCGCCCUACCAGCCCUCCCCCAACCACCAUAGCUCUGCCUUCCCCCCUUCCCCCCCUCCCCCGCUCCAGAGACACACCUCACCCCCAGGUCCCUCUACAUCCCUCCCCCUCCUCACCCAUUCUCUGCCAUCCCACCUCCCCCCAGCCAAAUACAACCCUAUCAGCACCUACUCACUGUGUUAA